GUUUAAAAGCAAUUCUACUGCCCACAGCAGUCAUCAGUAUACGAGCGACAGCAGCUUAGCGCAGUUUGGUGCGAGGACGUUUAGGAUUUUUCUUCCGAAAGCAUAAACACACAGUUAGUGCGCAAUAGCAAUGGCUUUGGAGCGUCAAGUUCGUGCUAAGAUCGCUGGCAAGCGUGACCUGGAGAAGGAUAAGGAAGCUCAGUACUGGGUCGAGGAGGUGCUCGGUGAGAAGUUCCCGGCCGGUGUCCUGUACGAGGAUGCUCUCCGCGACGGACUGAUCCUGUGCAAGUUGAUCAACAAGCUGGAACCGGGAGCAGUGGCGAAGAUCAACACAUCCGGUGGACAGUUCAAGAUGAUGGAGAACAUCAACCUGUUCCAGCAGGCGAUCAAGAAGUACGGAGUUCCUGAUCUGGACGUCUUCCAAACGGUGGACCUGUACGAGAAGAAGGACAUAGCGCAAGUAACCAGCACAAUCUUCGCCCUUGGACGAGCGUGCUACAAACAUCCAGAAUUCAAAGGACCGUUCCUGGGCCCGAAACCGGCCGACGAGUGCAAGCGUAACUUCACCGACGAGCAGCUGAACGCGGGUCAGGCCAUCAUUGGACUGCAGGCGGGCACGAACAAGGGUGCGUCCCAGGCUGGCCAGAACAUUGGCGCCGGUCGUAAAAUUAUUCUCGGCAAGUAAGCGCCACCAGUGUACGAGGCGGUACGAGCACCGGUCCGGAAAUGUGUACAAACGCCAUCCUACACCACCAACAAGCACACAUACAUACAUACACGCACACGAGCACACGAAGAAUCCCGCGACCUACAUUAAAAUGUACUCCCCGGUUUUACACUACAACGCCACCACCACGACCAACACCACACCAAACAUCCACCACUAUGCGAGUGUGUAAGAUAUAGUAGGACGGAGGAGGAGCAGAUGUUGAAGUUGAAGAUGAUAAGGUAGUAGAACGUGCGAGAAGGAACCUGGCGAUCUUCCGGGUUCCGGGACUGUUGACCAGAACUGGUAUUACUGAUACGGCGUACGGCUUUAUACACCUUGAGUUUUUUGUAUAAUUUAACUUCCCCCAUUUUCAGCUUGUCCCAUAGCGGGGCGGAACAGUGACCUCGUGGGGAGGAAAUCGGUACUUUUUUUGUAAGAGGAAAUUCGUUGAUAAUUUAUCUGUAAUAAAAUUAACUACUAUUUCGUAAAAAACGGCA